ACACAACUGCUACAGCCACUGAGAGACUCUUGACAACUCUUCCAACUACAAUUAGCACAGUCGGCCCAUCUUCUACCAUGAUGCCCAAUUUUGCUCCAAGUAAAAGUCCUUUACCCACAACCACCUCAGUACCUUCACAAACGAAAACGUCGACCGCAGUUCCAACUCCUCCCACAGCUAAAAUACCCACGACCACCUCCACUUCAUCUUUUGCUGUACCCACAACUCCACCUGCACGUACAACUCUCUCUCCAAACACAAGUUCUGUACCCACGGCAACCUCUGCUCUGACCUCAACUAUUCCUGAAACCGCAACUACUGCAACCCCAACGACACUUUCUACAGCUGCUGCGACCACUCCGGGUCCUGAGCCUAAAACCACCGUUGCGCUGACUUCGAGUGGAAUCACAACUACUGCGGCUUCAACGACAUUUUCUACAAAUACGAUCCCCACGACAGCCACUUCUGAUCCAGUCACAAUUCCUGUACCCAAAACCUCUCAGACCACCACAUCAACCGUUCCUGGUCCAAUUGAUGUAACCUUGACGACACUUUCUACAAUCAAGCUGACAACAUCCCCUUCAGGAAGCACCAUUCCCCUUCAAGCUCGGACGGCUACUUCUCCCGUGUCAGAAACAUUUGGAACAACUUCUAUAGCAGGAACAAUUGGUCUGAGUCAAACCAUCACAGUUGGGCGUGGAACAUCCCCUUUAGGAAGCGCAGCUCCCUUCCAAGCUACAUUUAUUUCUCUCAUGUCAGCAACAUCUAGAACCAACUCUGCAUUCACAGCAACAGUUGGGUCAACCAGUAGUCCAUCUGAAACCACUGCAAUUCUGUCCACGGGGUCCAAUUCUGCAAUGAAAACUCCCUCCUUAGCUCUGACUACUUCUCCGGUGUCAUCAGGACCAACCAGUAGACUGACUGCUUCCGCAAUUCCCUCCCCUUCUCAGACAAUUUCGGCGGCGUCAACGCUUAAAACAACCGGUGAUCUGGCGCCAACAACCGCAAUCCUAUCAACACCAUCUCCUUCAGAAACAACAAUCACUUUUCCAGUGUCACCGACAAGUAGAGCCUCAAGUAGUCUGUCUCCAACAACUGCAGUCCUGUCUACAACAGCCGCUUUAGCAACAUCUCUCCCCCAAGUUUCCACAACAGCUGCUCCAGGGACCGUGACAGCUGUGACAACUUCUCCAGGGGUUGAAACACUUGGAACAAGUAUUGGUAUUUAUCCGUACCGUGCACGUAUGGCCCUUCAGGGAACAAAACCUCCCCGCGGACCUCAGACGCCUACUUCUGCAAUCAUAGCUGAACUUGGAACAAGUAGUCCGGCUCAAACCACCGCAAUCCUUUCUACUCUAUCCGCCUCAGCCCCAAGAGCUCCCUCCCAAGCAGGAAUCACAACUUCUCUGGGGAGUGCAGCUCAAACCACUCCAAUCCAAGCAAUAAUGUCCACUUUUCUAAUGACAACUUCUCCAGUGACAAAAACACCUAGGAAAAUUUCUCGAGUAACACAAAUGGUUGGAACACCUAGAAGGGUGGCUCUCUGCUUUAAGCAACAUUCUCUUCAGAUAAAACAUCUUUUUCAGCUCCUGGGGCCCAGGAACAUUGCUGGGGUCACAGGGCCCGCCGUUCAAAAACUCCCUCCCAAUUGCUGACUGAAUCUCCGGUCUCAUCAUCUAGAAAAAGCAACUAACCAUGUCUAAAGCUCGUUACAUCGUGUCUACAACAUCCCUUAUCAAAACAUUUCCUGCCCCAUCUCUGACUACUACUACUUUGGUCAUACUUGUGGGCAGCGUAGUAGUCACAAGGGCGACGGGCACCGCUGGGGGCCGCUGGUUUCUUAAAAUAAAUAAAUUUACUCAAAACCA